AGUAGCUCUGGGAACGAUAAUACGUGAACAACAUGGCUGAUCUCUCAGAAGGACAGGAAAAUUUUGAUUUUUCGUCUUCAGCAGCGUCUCCUAAAGAUUCAGACACCGAGGUCGUUAUUCACAGAGAUGUUUUGGACUCAUGGUCGAAUCCAGAUGAUAGAAUCAGUACGGAAUUGGAGAAAAAAACCGAACAUGGCUUCGAAAAUUUGGUUAAUACCUUGAGUGUUGAAGAACAGGAUCACAUAGAGUCUGUCGAAUAUGCUGCUGGUGUUGAUGAGAAAUACGAGAAUAAGGAAGGGAUUGUUAAGAGAGUGUUGUUAGAUUUCGAGGAAGGAGUUCAACGUGAAGAUACGAUAACAUCAGUAGGAUUUGACAAUGAUGAGAAGACACAAGAGAUAGAAUUCAGACACAGAUUUUCACAACAAGAAGAACAGCAGUACCAAGUACAACAAAAACAACUACAACGACAAGAGAGGGUGGGCUAUUCGAAUGAAGACACUAGAAUACCAAAAAGUAACUUUCAAUCCUUAAAAACAAUGGAAUCAGAAAUGCGAUCAUACCCAAAAGACCCGCAUGGAGAUGUUCCACAAAUCACGAAAGCUUCCUCAGAGGAGAAACUUAAUGAUGGUUUGAAAAGUAAGUCUAAAGCAUCUAAUUAUUUCUCAAGCUGAUUCUCUCAGAAUAUGAAAGAAAUUUUAAAAAAAUCUACAAUUUAAUUUCAGAGCUGUCAUUCAUGAGAUACUUCACAGCAGAAGUUUUUAGUGGAAAGCUGAUGGAGCUUGAAGAAGAGAAAUACACUGAAAGACGCCAGAAAGUGUACACGUUCAUGAAGAUUCCAAGGGAAUUUGAGAAGGUAAAAUGCAAAUUAAAGCAGCACAUGAUCAUUAUGUCAUGUCUUUGGGAAAGAAUCUUUGCUUUCAUGGUACCUCUCUCUACCUGGUAGUCAAAAAAAUUUGUCAGACUAGCAGGAAAGCCUGAAAGAAUUGUGGCAGGUAUCAUUCAACAGAGUACAGGGUCAGAUUCAACAACAGCUGUUUGCCAGUGCAGUUGAAAAUUGAUAGUCGUCAACCAGAAUUAGUUAGUGACUACAUGUAGUUGACAACUGACUUUAAGCUUUGCAAGUUUGUAUUUUACUUUAAGGCGACAAUUUUAUAAAUCAGAUUUUUUCAUCAACCACAACUGUUCCAUUUGGUGAUUGAAACAAAAAUAUUCAAUCACCAAUGGCAAAAAUAUUGAUUUAAUUCUGGAAUUGCCUGUGUUUGAAGUCUGGAGUAGUUUGUAUUAAGUCAUAAAUUCCACUCAAGGAUCCAAGGUACUUGCAUUAUUUAAGUUUUUUCAGAUAAAGUUGCUUUUCACACAACUUUACACAUGGAAAAUUAAAUGAGUAUAUCUAGUUUUUCAUGUGAAAUUUGAGUGAAGACUAGGCCUAGAUUUUUGCAAUAAGAGUGGUUCUAUAUAUACAGAUCCUCACCUGAUUCAUCAUAACAACUUGAUUUUACUAUAAGUCCAAUUUUCUAUUUUUCUUUUUGCAGUUGAUGGUGUUUGGUUUCAUGCUGUGCUUGGAUUGUUUCCUGUUCAUGUUUACAUUUCUUCCAGUUCGUUUGGUUGUUGCUCUGUACAAGAUCAUUACAGGGCUGUUAUUUUGUAGAACGUAAGAUAAGAGCUAUGCUUAUUUACCUUUCAUGUUGGUGAAUGAAAAAAUCAGUUCAUAGCAGUUUCAUAUAAGCACAUGAGUGAGCCACAUCAAAAAUGACUACACCUGAGAGAAAUUGAAAAAUUUAGCCUUAAUUUGAUUCACAAGCUGUUGCAUAUCUUCUUUAAACAAUAUCCGUCAAACUUUUAGCUGUGCUCAUCUCACAGGUUGCCAUUCUUGAUAUUUUCAAUGCACAGAUCACGGAUGCUACAGCCUGUCCAGAUAUGCGAUUUGUUAAAAGGCAAGUCCUCAUUUUAUUUCUAUGGCUAAUUUAUGUCUUUUUACUUAAUGUAUAUUGUGCAUCUGACGAAAACAUCUCCUUAUAUGAGUCUGAAUCAUUUACAGGAUCGAUUCUCGUGACAUGUUGGUUGCUUCUGACCCAUGUGGACUUUUCAGUGUUGUAUCACACUGUCCGUGGACAAUCAGUCAUCAAACUUUAUGUCAUUUACAACAUGUUAGAGGUGCAGUUAAUAAAAAUCGUCAUAGUUAUUCUGAUAGGCACUACUUAAGACUACAAGCAGUCCCUUAUUUUUGGCAAAAUCCAUCAUGCAGGUCAGAAAAAAAUCAAUGAAAAAAAAUUGAUGCUAGUGCACAGCACAGAAAUGUGGGUGUGAGGCAUAUAAAAAGAAGAGAGUUCCGCUCUCUAUGCUGACAACAAUUUUUUUCACUGAUUUUUUUGUGAUUUGGGCAAUUGACUUUGCAGAAAAGGAGAGAGUGCUUGUAGAUUAGUACUACUUUUGGAAUCAAGGUUAGCCUGACUCAUUCUUGAUGUAAGAUUUGAUUUUACAAUUUGUUUAAAGAAUAUAAAAAAAAAGGGAAAGUAGGUGAAACUUUUCAGGUUUUCAGUUCUUUUGCCACAAAAAAAGUACAGAAGAUACUGAUGCAGGCAUGGAUUAGAAUGCCAAUUUGCUUCUAGCAAAGUUCAUUGUAAAGGGAUAGUAACAUUCUUCUCAUAUUUGUAACCACAGAUUGCAGACAGGCUCUUUUCGUCUGUGGGUCAAGACAUAUUAGAUGCUCUCUUCUGGACUGCGACAGAACCAAGAGACCGGAGAAGAGAACAUAUUGGGAUAAUUCCACAUUUUGCAAUGGCUGUAGUUUAUGUGUGUAUCCUUCACAUGGAUCACAAAUUUUUUUCUCAGUGGAUUUAUUAGGGCUCUCUUACUUUAUAAUUAUCCCCUGCCACACCCCUCUUAAACAAAUAAGACAAAGAAUCUCUCUGGGCAUUUUUAAUGAGGAAACAAGGAGCCCCAAAGGGCUAAAUGAAAGCCCCCUUGGGGAAGGAGGAAGGUAAAGACACAUCUGGAAUGAUGGAACGGCCCAAAUAAAGUGGUCAUAUGGCAACCAAAUGACAGUCAACAGCUAGCCAGGUGCAGCAUGUAGGCCAGGGGCCAAUCAAGUUUAUCUCUAGGAAUAUGAACCAGUAUGUAGGUCAGCAAAGGACCACAUGACAAUAUGUGCUGUUUCAGAUCAAAGACACACAACCGUUUGUAGCUGUUUGCCUUAAUUCUUUUAGUUUUCCAUGCUGUGUUGGUACUGUUCCAGGCCAUCUGUCUCAAUGUCGCUGUGAACUCACACAACAAAGCUUUGUUAGUAAUCAUGGUGUCAAACCAAGUAAGAGCAUUAUUGGUGUAGUUCUUAAGAUUGUUGUUAUGGAAAAUGAAGUGGUUUGAUAUUAAGCACACGAUUGGGAUCAGCUAAACACAAAUGAGAUCAAGAAUUGAUUGUUGACAACAAUGCUAGUUGUAAGCAGACGACUUACUGAAAGUCUUUUCAUAACUCAACUGGUGAUCGUUCAGGAGCAGCUAUAUGUUUUAGUCAAAGAAGCAGAGGUAUCAAAGGUCUUGAUACUGUUGCAUUUUAGUUUUUGCUGUGAGGGCCAAUUUUUAUGAAUCAAACUUUUUAGGGACCCAGUUGUGCCACAAGGCAAUUGAAACAAAGAGGGUGAUCAUCAUUUGCCUCCUGUGUAAAAAAUUUACACAUACUUUUGAACCUUGCUUUAGAGUCCAAGGCCCUAGCAGGCUAAUUGAUGACCAGAAAUAGCAAGAGAAACUUAACUUGGUGGCUGCAGUUUUUCCUCUCAACAAAGCCUUUGCUGACAUUUAAUCUUCUUGAUUGUUAUAGUUUGUUGAACUGAAAGGAAGUGUUUUCAAGAGGUUUGAGAAGAACAACUUGUUCCAAAUGGCAUGUAGUGGUAGGUGUUUGAAAUUGCCAUCUGCUCACCUGGUAAUUUAAAUAGAUAAAUAAGUGCCAAACAAUAAUUAAGCUGGGAAAUAUGCACAAUCCUGAGUUUUCAACCAGUUAGUUACAAAACUGAAGCUUAGUUAUCCCUUGCUGGAGGUUGUUUACAUGUAUUUAUUUGAAUUCUCAUAUGUAAGCUCCUUGGUGGUAUUAAUCUUUGAUUACUUAUUUUUGGUUCCAUGGCUCUCCAGUGAAGAGCUCUCUUUAAUUCAUACUAUAGUUGGAAUAACAUUCAACUGUUGUUCCCUUUUGACCAUUUGGAUAGAUGUCUCUGAAGGUUUUUUUGCACUCCUUAUUGAGUUGUUUUUCUAAGAUUACCUUUUCUCCAUACGCAGAUAUUAGAGAAAGAUUUUACUACAUUGUGUUGGUGGUGAUUGUCACGCUUAGGAAUUUAACAGAAUUUAAUUGGAAUGCUGGUGAGUGUUAUGGAAUCUCAUUGAAAGGAACAUGUUGGGGAGUAGAAAAAGUGUCCCCUGAAUAGAGAUGCCCCUCCAACUUAGGUAGUAGAUGUAAGUUUCAUGUGAACAUUUCAGUCACGACCAAAUUUGGGGUCCCUUACAUGGAGGUGUCUCAAAAGAAAGGCACCAAAUGGCAACUCUGGCUAAUGAUGUGCUGGAAGAGAGCUAAAUUCAGUCUGAUGGUGGAGAAGACAAGGUGUUUCAUUUCAACCAUUUGCAAAAGUUACAGAUUUUCAAAGUGCUUGCGUUUACUGUUUAUUGUCCUUCCUUGUGUAGACUAGAGAUAUCUCUGUCAAUAUCUCUACUUCUCUGAGCAUUAAGACAGCAGAAUUCAUCUAAUUGAAUUGACACUCAAUUUUUAUAGACUAAGAUUUAAACAUUUGCCUAAAGGUAUAUAUUAUGAAGAGGUUAGAGCUUUUUUCAUCUUUCCAACCACUUAGUACCUAUUGUUAUUUUCAGAACACUUAUAUGUUAUCUGUCCAUAUCUGUUGGCUGUGUUGUCUUCGGAGUAUUUUGUGGAUUGGAUCAAACACGCUUUUAUCACAAAAUUCAAUAGUAUUCCUGUAGAGGUAUGUCACGUGCACAGUUUUUUCCAAUUUUUUGUCAACAGUCCGGCAUUUGAGUGAUUUGCUACAUUGCUUUGUGUGAUUGGUUACAAAAAACUUGCAGUCUGAGUAGUUAGUCAACCAAUGAGAUGAAAUGAAAAACAACAGCCGUAACAUGGGCAUUUUUCCGCACUUUAACGGGUGCCCUUUACAAGUUUCUUUUCUGUUAAAGUGUUUUGGAUUCUAACAAGGUGGGGAAGGGUGACCCACAUUGAACUUUCAUCCUACCCAGGGAGAGUAACAGUCGGUUCAAGCUAGUGGUAAGCCAGCAGUUGUCGAUGAGAACGGAAACUUAACUUCUGUGUUACUUAGUCUUUAUCUUCACUUACUUACUUUUAGGUUUACUGCGAAUAUAGAGCUCUCCUUGCUGAAGAUGCGACCUCAAGUCGACAGAAGAACGUAAGAAAACGUUUGUUUUGUUUGUUUGUUUGUUUGUUUUAAAAGUUUCCUAAAAACUUAUAAAGGAUCCGCUUGAAGAAUUUACUUUGAGGACUGUAGAGUAAUUUUCAAUUGAAUGUCGAAAGUAAACCGUGAUUGGAUUGGUUUGCUUUACUUCGCUCUAUGAUUGGUCCAGAAAACACGCGCCACUUUCUCGACCAAUCAGAGUCAAACUAAAACCAAUCAGUCAAUCGCAUUUUCCCUCGCUUGAAUCAGUUUGUUCUUUUUACUCUGAGUUCCUAUUAGUUCUUCAGUCUUUUUUUCCUGUGUUCUGAUUAGCUGUUAUGAUUACUAAAGUUUUGGUUUUGGUUAGUUACUCAGGUUGGUAGAGGUUUUUUUUUUGCUUUGCAUGAAAACACCUCCUACAACGCUAUACAUUUAUCUUUUUAUUUUAAAAGGCUCACAACGAUCAUUUCGAUCUUGUUUCUCGUCGAAUGGGUUUUAUUCCUCUUCCACUGGGAUCUCUGGUGAGUAGCUUCAAAGAGAAGGGUAAAGGGAGGGUAAGGUAGGGAUACUCCCUUUUUAUAGCCGACAGGGUGGGGCCAGUCGUUCUGCUGAUCCCAAGGUUCCAGUUUCUCAUGUAAAUCUUUAAGGCGCAUGUUGAACCCCGAGUUUUUGUGGUAAUCAGAGAGCGUGCAAUGAAAGACGCUUGAAAGGAUUUUGGUUUAUGGAUUUUGGGGUAAGGUAAGGUAGUGACCCUUUCGAAUUGAAGUACUCUUUGUCGUGUCAAAAAAAAGGGGAAAAACUGUUGUCGUAAGAACCGGGACAUUAGGCACCUUAAACAAAUCACGAAGGCGAUGAGGAUUUGGCAAAAUAAAAUAUCUAAUGAGUAGAACAAUAGUUUAGCACGUGCGUUUAAAAACCUUUUUUUCAUUUCUUAACCCUUCAACUCCCAUGAGUGACUAAGACAGAAUUUCUCCUUAUAAUAUCAAUAGAUUAUCAACCAGAUAAGUGAUGAGAAUAAAGAAAAUUUCAAUUUGGGGAUAAUAAGUUGAUCCAAUGCUAAAUUCUCUGAACUAACAUAAGAAUUUCAUGGUUGACAAUAAGGAGAAUUACAAAUCUGAUCUGGGAGUGAAAGUGUUAACCACCCACACCCACACCCACCCACCCCCCCCCGAAACUAUAACAUGAAAUCCGAGAUCGCAAACCCUGAUGGCAAAUUAUUUAAGUUUUCUUAACGCCUCUCACAUACAUUAAGUUUUCUUAACACCUCUCCCAUACAUCAUGCUGAAGGUGACGUGUGGCUCCGUAAGGGACGGUAACCACUUUCAGCUAUUUGCGGAAUUCUAGCAAAAACAAAUUAAUUCAUUUUUUUAAGGACGUUUGCCUUGUCGUUGCCGUCCUGACUACGUAAGGACUCUAUGAAGGCUUGUUGGUAUUUGACAGUUUCUUGUGAUGAUGUUUUCAGGUUAUUAAGGAGGUGGCCCAGUCUGUCAAGAUACAUGGCUUGGGUGGAAUUGUUCUCAUGUUGGCCACAUUUGUCUUGUAAGUAAUGUUGUACAAUCGACAUGGCUCUUACUAUCAUAACAAAAUACUGUAGAAACGUAAAUGUCCAUGGUGAGGUGUUCUGCUUCGCGACUGAAAACUGGUGUCAACGAUUUUUGCACAAUGGUAGAAUCUGCUCUAUUCAAACGGACAAGUAGACGACCACCAAGUCAUUCCCUAUAACGUCGAGGGCGCAGCUAUCCGCCUUAACCCCUUACAUCCUCUCUUUUUAAGAGACAAAUUAAAAUAGUUUUUCUUAGGAGCAAAUAUAUUUUUGAUCGAAAGCUUGAUCUAACUUGUCAUCUAAUUUUCCAUUGACAGCCUUACGUCAGUGAAAGUGUUAAACAGCAUUAUAUUUCUCGGCAAAGCAACUCAGUACGUGAAACAGAAACAGGACCUGGAAACUAACAACAGACAACACAGUAACCAAGCCUCGACACAGAAGCUCAAAACCCAGGCCUCCGUGACUUUGUUGGAUUCUGGCCAGUCUUCGAGUACUUCGUUAGUUGGAGAGAAACAAGAUACAGGGCCGCGGAGAGCUGGUGAACAGACUAAACAACGCGCCAAAACACUAGCAGAAAUUGAUAGAUACACACUUUGUAGUAAAGAGAUAGUUGUAUUCUAA